AUGGCAUGGUGGGCGGCGAGGUUGAUGGCUGGGACCAUUUUUCAGUCUUAUUUCGGCACUUAUCCCGAGGGGGUCAUCACGAAAUGGAGCUGCGACAUGAGCAUCCCCUACAUUUCGAGUGCUGCUGCUUCCAUGUCCAAGCACAAUAACUGGAACGGCUUCGUGGGUGCCGCUCGUCGUCGUCUCCGACUUCCAGCGUGCACGGGCGAGCAGAUACGGUCCGAUGCCAUGCCCUGGUAUAUAUCAAAGUACUACGGAAUCGACAAGUUUCAAGUCUGCGAGACGUGCUAUCUGGACAAGCUGGCGUUGACCCCUUUCAGGAAAGAGUUUCAACGCCUGUCUGAUCACACGGAUCUAGAGAUGUGGCCGUGCCGAUUAACAGACAAGAAUCUGUCGACAGCGACGGCAUUAGAGGCAGCGCUGAGCAGACGCGAUUUCGAAGUCUUUGCAAAGGCGGAGCAGAUCAUCUGCAGCCUCGUUCCGUGUACGGCAGACGGAAUCCUCUACGGCAACUGGUGGACGAUUCCGGGAUGCGAAAAGUUCAACAUCUGCGAGGCGUGCUACGCCGGCUUUGUCCAGACGAGGGACCUGGACCGCUUCUUUCAGCUGUCGGAUCGAGACACGUACACUGCCUACGUGUGCGACUUUUGCCCCGCGAGCCCGCGCUUUUCGCAGUACAUGUGCAAGUUUGGCGAGAUGCUGGACCGCGGCGUCUUCUCGUACCUGUCAGACUUUAUCAUGACGUUUGCCGGCGUGCCUGCUUGUCCUCGGAUCAAGGGGAGCGGCAAGGCGAGGUGGUGGGGAUAUCCCGAGGCCCUCUUCUGCCACGAGUGCUUCGUCGACUUUGUCUAUCAGACGCCGCUUGGAGAGUCGCUGCCGAUCAAUGGCGAGUACAUGGAGCAGGCCACAAUCUGCCAGAUCUGGUCGCCACGGAUGCGCGACCUGUGGCUCGAAGUCUGCAGAGCAGGUGACCCCGGGUCCGAAGAAUCGGAGGCUGCGCUGGCGCAAUUCAAGACGUGCUGCGUGCAGAGGUUUCAGGUGUACGAGGCGACAAUCUCCCAGAUUGAGUUGAUCCGGACGAUGCAGGACAUUAAGCGGCAGACGGCCUUUUCCGACGGGAUGCUGAGCAUCCGGUACAGCGGCAUGGACAGCAUGGCGACGAUAUUCGGGAACGGGGACGGGCACAGGCAUGGGAAUAGCAGCCUUGGGUGGUUCAACACGAGCUAUGGGGCGCAAUCGAAGCAGUACUGGAAUAGUUUUACUCAGGGGCUUUCGGAUGCGAAUCGGACGGAGGACUGGGUGCGGAUCGCGCAGCUGGAGAAUCUCUGGAAGCAGGUUGAGUAG